AUGACGCGAUUCAUGUCCGAUGCAUACUGCAAGGGCAUCGUCCGUGGUCACGCAGAGUGCUCGAAUCUGCGCUGCUAUGCAACCGAAGAUCCAGCUUCGGCCGAACGAAUUACCACUACUCAGUACGUCUCCUUUCCCGGUCACGAUCUCCUGCGUUACACAGACUUAGCGGCUAAAGCAGAGACAGAGAGAGCACAGCGAGUGACGGCCACGACCCUCGGUACCCGCGGAACCGCGUGCAAACAAAGGCAAGUAGCGCAGUGCAACGUCGCCGAAUUUUACGCUCGACGACGUCGAGACAGUCCGUGUUGGUUCCUCUCGGCUUACGAAUUCCUGCUAUAUUGGGAAGUCGUGCCAACCAGAGUGCCGCGAAACUGGCGCGAAUGGCAAGAGAGUCGUGCCGAAGCAUGGGAUGUAAUCUUGACAGAAAAGGGCGAGCAGAAGCUGAAAGCUGCCAAUGCUCCGGAAGCACCAAGCGCAGUCCGGCUCAUUCCAGGCGUGGAUACAAAGCUUCGGACGGAGCUUCCGCAGGGGUACCUCGCAUUCGAGGACUGCUCCGAAAAUGCACGGGUCCGCUCUGCUUGGCUCCUGCGCGGGCGUCGCCGGCCUCGAUGUCCGACUUUCGGACAUUGCCCAAUACCGAGGUAUCAACAAGAAGAGCACGAAAGCAACUCUGUCCUGUGUCUCGUUUACUUUCGCCCCUGGACUGGCAUGCCUUCCUAUGCAGAUGACGACGUCAUCAGCAUCCACGAUUUUCGGGACGCUCACGUGACUUGGGAGGCAACCUUUCGAACCUGGCUGCAGCAAAUAGCGUGUGAAGAAACUAAGAAGCACGUGAGCAACUUUCUCUCCGUUUACCGCGUGCGUUCCUUAGCCGCCGACAUCGAGAACAGUGACAAUGAAGGCGAGGACGACACGCGGGUGCAUGUGGACGCUGCCAACUUGUGCCAGUGUUUGAAGACGAGAGAGACCAUGGAAGGGCAAGACGAAUAUGAGGACAUAGAGGCCACAUGGCAAGCGCACGCGCGCGAGCCGGACGUGACAAGAGAGGGUCUGCCACAAGAAACAAACAUCGACACGAGAGUUAUUCUCACCGAAGCACGAGCAGACGACAAAGAGAAAGCACAUCUGCUAGGGGGUGUUCGCAACCCAACAGAGGCAGGCAUGAUGCCAGGACGCAUUCAAAAAACCCUGGACGAAAUUGAUGCUUGGCUGAGAGAGUUGCCAAAUCGCAGAAAUGAAGCAGGCCGCCGUAUCUGCAACGACGAACAACAUGCCUUCAUUGAACGAGUCGCGAACCGUGUCAAGCGCGAAAUGCAGACAGGAGAAGCGUACAGCGGUUGCUUCAAAACAGACGAGGAACCCCUUCGCUGGAUGCUGCACGGGGGGCCAGGCACAGGAAAAACACACGCAAUCAACAUACUCCGCGAUGAACUCUUCCAAGGCUUGCUUCAGUGGGAAGCGGGCAUUCAUUUUCAAUGUGCAGCCUUGCAAGCUGUGACAGCCGACAUGCUUGAUGGAGACACUUUGCAUCACGUGUUCGGGCUUUCCUUUGGCGAUACAAGCAAGAGGACUAGCAACGAGACAAAGGUGCGAUGGCUCAUCAUCGAUGAGAUUAGCAUGGUGAGCCUCGAAUUACUGGCUCAUGCCAAACCUUUCGGUGGGCUGAACGUCAUAAUCCUAGGUGUCCCGCAUGAGUGGCUCAUGAGCAAGUAUGCGCGAAACAAGCCAGCAGUUGCGCACGGACAAGAGCUGCUUUGGGGCGGUGCCCAGGAAUGCCAGCGCGAGAGGCUGUCCCGAAAGCUCGUUGCGGAAGGGCCCGCAGAUGUGCGGUACAGGCAGCCUUUCGCAACGGCGGCAGCCAUUUUCCCCACGAACGUGCGGAAGUGCCAUGCACUGAAGGUGCGCGCGGAAGCCUAUGCUGAGGCAGCCAAACAGGACCGUCACUGUAUAAUCGCACAAGACAAAGCAUGCGCGGCCGUCUUGCACGAAAAAGCAGAACUGGCUACGGAAAAGUUGGCUUGGCUCCAACGCCACGAUCGGGAACGCGGCGACUUGUGUGGUGUCCUCCCGCUUUGCAAAGGCAUGCCUGUCUAUUUGACAGAGCACAUCAACCGGAAGCGUCUGCUGCUGAAAGGUCGCAGAGGUAAGAUCGUCAGUUGGAAACAAGCGAGUCAACGGCCCGAACGCAUAAAUGAGGCCACGACGGUCUGGAACGAACUGCCAGAAGUGGUUUACGUACAUUUCCCGAGUGGGCGUUGGCACUUCAAAGGUCAGACUUUGACAGCAGGUGUCAUCGCAGACUUGGUCCUAGACCGGAAAACUGAACCAUUCCAACACGGCGACCACAGCUUUCGCGAGUAUCUUCUGCGGCACUUGCGCGGGGAACGCCUGGAUUGGCCAACCAUCCUGGCAACCUACGGCAAGGUCAAGACCUGCAGCGAGUGCAAGGCAGCACGACGGAUGAGCGAUCUCAGUGAGGCGCAGAAGAAGCAGCCUGAGAAUGUGGCUGUUUGCAAGGAAGUGCCUUUCGAGGCAGCCGCUGUUGAUCCGCGGGCACCCACUGGGAGGGCCGUGUCUUUGGCCGACACAAACGAUGUGCCAUUGUGGCCAAUGC